GCAAACCGAAUCCCCCCAGUUUUUCCUUCCUUUUUCCCCCAACAAAGAAUCCGAUCCCUCCCCAAGCAACUCUUUCUUCUCUUCUUUUUCUUGCGCCCCCAAACCCCGGCUCUCCUCCUCCCCUUCGUGGUCCUCGAUGGCCAGCAUCCGGUCCCUCUUCCGCCGCCGCCGCGGCCGCUCCAAGUCCUCCCCGGCGUCCGCCGCAUCGCCUACCUCCCCCACCGCGGGCAGCGCGGCCGGCCCCGCUGCCGCGACGGACGAGGUGGAGCGGGUGUUCAAGAAGUUCGACUUGAACGGCGACGGGAAGAUCUCGUCGGCGGAGCUGGCGGCGAUCUUCCAGAGCCUGGGCCACCCCCCCACGGAGGAGGAGCUGCAGCGGAUGAUGGGCGAGGCGGACGCCGACGGCGACGGCUUCAUCAGUCUGGACGAGUUUGUCGAGCUCAACGUGAGCACCGUCGAUGACUCCACUGCCCUCGAGGACCUCCGCCACGCCUUCUCCGUCUUCGACCUCGACCGCAACGGCUCCAUCUCCCCCGACGAGCUCGCCCGCGUCCUCCGCAGCAUAGGGGAAGGGGCCUCCGUCGCGCAGUGCAAGCGGAUGAUCGAGGGUGUCGACCGCGACGGCGACGGCCUCAUCUCCUUCGAGGAGUUCAAGCUCAUGAUGGCCAAUGGAUCCGGCUUCCCACUUGCCAACAAGAUCGAGUGAUUAGGUUGGCCAACAAUCUUUUGACAAGCUCGAUUUAUCAAAAAUAAGGUGGCUCCCCCUACCAAAAAUGGUAGGGGACACAAACACGAAAAAAAUCAUGGAGCUUCUCUCGCACUAGGCACACAAGAUGAGGAAAGGCUUCAAUUUUUCCAUUCCAACUUAAGUGGCCCUUUGACUCAAUGGAUUGAGGCUCAAGUUAGUUUUGAUUUAACCUUUAAAGCUACUAAAGCUGGAAAUUGUAAUGAAUUUAAGUAAAUUAUAUGUUUAAGUUGGUGUUAAUCGUAAUUUUGAUCUUAUGCCAAGAAUAAUCUCAGUGUAUUUAUCUGAAUAUGCCAUUGGGUUUAGAGGUUUGAAACCCAAAUUGGGUUUAAUUCUUGAACAAGAUUGAUGGAGUUUGU